AUGGCCCAGCAGGAAGUAGAGAAAAUGCCUUCUGCCGAGAAGCACAUCGAGGACAGCGCCACUGACACUGUCCAGGCCUCAUUAACCGGUUCAGACCUAGAACAGGGCCAAGGUCAGAGCAAGAUGAUGCGCUUCUACUCUCAUCCUUGGACGCAGAUCCUGCUCAUUUCCAUGAUUUGCUUCUGCCUCCCCGGAAUGUAUAACGCUCUCACAGGCAUCGGAGGCUCUGGUCAAGUUGACCCGACUGUUGCCGCAAACGCCACCGUCGCUCUCUUGUCCACCACUGCGGCGACUGCUCUCUUCAUUGUCGGCCCCAUCUUCUCAAUCACCGGACCUCGAAUUUGCUUCCUCAUGGGCGGAUGGGCAUAUGCUCUCUACAGUGGCAGUCUGCUUCAUUUCAACCACCAUGGCAAUGGCGCAUUCGUCAUUGGCUCCGGUGCCGUGCUUGGUAUCGGCGCUGCUCUCCUCUGGAUCGUGCAGGGUGCCAUUAUGACUACCUAUGUCGACGAAUCUCAAAAAGGCCGCGCUAUUGCCGUUUUCUGGGUCAUUUUCAACUUUGGAGGCGGCAUCGGCUCACUCGUCUCCUUUUCCCUCAACUAUAACAACACUGCCGGCACUGUCAGCGACUCGACUUAUAUUGCUCUCUUGGCCAUCAUGGUCUUUGGAUGGACGCUGGGAUUUCUCAUCUGCUCCCCGAAGCACGUUCGUCUGGCGCAGCUUCACAGAGCUGUCGAGACUGAGAAGAACACGGUUGCGGGCAUGCUCAAGAUGACGCUCAGCACGCUGAUGAAGUGGCGAGUCGCGUGCAUGAUUCCCUUGUUCUUUUCCGCCAAUGUCUUUUACAGCUACCAACAAAACAACGUCAACGGCUACACCUUUAAUCUUCGCACGCGAUCUCUCAACGGUGCGCUGUACUGGUUCUCGCAGAUGGCUGGUGGUCUGUUGAUAGGCCUUAUUCUGGAUCUGCCCAUGCUCAGCAGGCCCAACCGUGCGCUUUUGGGCUGGUUCUUUGUCUUUGCGACGGGCAUGAUUAUCUGGGGCGGCGGCUACCAAUUCCAGCUCUGGCAGGAUAAAUUCUUUGCCGAGGGUGGAAAGCAGACUCUUGACUUUAAGAACAGCAAAAAGGCUGUCGGCCCCAUGUUUCUGUACGUUUUUUACGGACUCUACGAUGCUCUUUGGCAGGGCUUUGCCUACUGGCUCAUUGGCACCGAGUCCAACAGUACGUCCCGCGCGGCGAUUCUCGUAGGCCUGUACAAGGGCUUGCAGGCUGCCGGUGCCGCUCUUGCCUGGAGGCUCAAUGCCCUGCAUCUCGCACCCAUGAAGCAGCUAGCAAUGGAUUGGGGCCUGUGCAUUGGCUCUUUGAUAGUUGUGCUUCCCAUGGUUCUGACCAUUUCGGAAAGGACAGUGGCGGAGGAGGAAGCGGGAUUCUCUGGGUCUGAGGUGAAGGAUGCCAAGCUGGCGAAAGAAUAA